AUGAUGAGGAUGAGUUGCUGGGCUCUUUGUAGUUGUAGGCUUGUCCUACUGCUGUUUCUGCUACUGCCAUCAAGUUUGAGAGCUACCGAAUUCAACACGGAAGUCAUGGCUCGAGUGCAAGAGUUCGUGGCGAAUUUCAUGCAGCUACCGCUGGACUCGACGCUCCGAACGGUCCGGUAUCACGAUCUGAUUGGUUUCCCACGAGACUUGGGAGCGCUAGGACGUGACUUUAAUACCCGAUGGCUCUUCUUUGAGGUACCCAACCAACUCAUGAUUGCGCUAGAAGAUGGGUCCUUUCUUUGGUUGGUCAAUGAUUUUCGAGGCGUCGCUUAUAGAGAACCUGGAAACAGCUACGCGAUCACAAUGAAUGCCAACAGCAGCAAGGCUUUUACUGUAUCCCCACCCGAGAUGGAGAAAUACUGGCAAGCCUGUGUGGAUGCCGAGACGGGUGCUCCCCAGACUUGUCAAAAGAAGGAAGGAAGCUUGUAUGUGCAAUGCGUCCAUGAUUGUGCUCUGGAACGGUGUCCCGAUGCCGAUAGCCAACGCAAUUGUUCCCUGGUUCCCGACCUGACGGAACGACGCCGCUGUCAAGACGGUAUCACAUGGUGUCCGCAAUAUACGAUUGAAAAGUAUAAUGACACGACAACAACAACCACCCGAGGGUUUGUCCCACGCACCAAGCAGUGUCUGAAUGCUUCGGGUAUGAUUGAUCAGCGACCCGGAAAUGUCCUAGCAAACUACGAAACGGGCGAGCUAGGAGACUGCUUGUUUCGGGAUGGAUCGCUGGUCAGUAGAACCUUGGCAGGGGAUUAUGAGUACUGUCGCGGAGAGGUAUGCAACACUACCUUUAGUGGUGGGUAUGAGACGCAAGACUAUGAUCCACGCUUCCGAUCUUGGUAUGUUACCCAAAAGAAUACACAAGACAUGGUGUGGUCAGCUCCGUAUGCCUUCUUUACAACCGGAGAAUUCGGAAUGACGUUUACUCGGCCCUUGUACCAUCGUGAUCGGAGUGAUGGCAAGACUGUCUUCAAAGGUGUCAUUGCUGCCAAUUACUACCUAAAGGACUUGUCGGGGUUCUUGACAACGCAAUACAACCAAACAGACAAGUUGGUCAUGAUUGUGGAAGGAAAGGAACCAAACAAUAUCAUUGCGACGUCGACUGGGACCUUUCCACACAGUUGGGUUUUGAGGGCCAAUGCCUCCGUCUCGUGUCCCACGACAGACCAAGUAGAAAGGCGAUCCCUUUGCCAGCGAAAAAGGGUACCCAUCCUCGAACUCAACAACAAUGGCCUCGAUGAUGCGGAUUUGGUCUUUCGAAGAGUUUUUGAGGAACAAAAAGCUCGGGAUUUCCCACUCACAGAUCUGGUGUAUCUCAAAGCUACCGAGCUCCAACAGGGUGACACGGCCUAUGCUUCUCAGGGUGGACUAUUCGAACACGCCAAUGUCAAGUGGCACGUCUUUGUCAUUUUGCCUCUGGAACGACAACCUACCGAUGCGGCAAUGCCCGGUGAUCCAGUCUUUGCGGCCGUGACGGUUCUUUCUACGGUUGGUUUUGCCACUUGUCUGGUUUUGUGCUUUUUGUUCCUAGGACACCGCAAAGAGACGGCUGUCAUCAUGGCCGACUGGCGGUUCACGUGUUUGUACCUUAUUGGAUGUUCCGUCUUGAACCUCGCCCCCUUGACCAUGUUGGGAGAGAACACGGACGAGACUUGUCUGCUCCGGGGCUGGGCAUUCAACAUGGCCUUUGUAUGUGCCCUCUCUCCUCUGUAUGUCAAAGUCUGGCGCAUGUUCAAGCUUCUCAAGGCAAGCGCUGGGUUCAAGCGAGUCAAUGUUACCAAUUUCCUGGCGUUGCUAUACACUCUGCCCAUCAUUUGCAUAGAGACGGUCAUUCUGUUUGUCUUUAGUUUUGUGGACCCUCCACUUGCCGUGGAACUGGUGGGAGUUGGUAACGGAUUAGGGGGCCAAUCUAUCACCUGCACGAGGACGACGGAUGCCUUCUUUUGGACGCAAGUCGCCUAUCAUGGUACGAAAACAAAUCAGCAGCAAGAGUACAGGAAACAGAUCAACUUGCAGACUUGGAAACUGACCAAUCCUGCUUCCGUUUCACUGGCAUCAGCCUUUCUGGUUCUGACGGGCUGCAUCUUGGCUUUCCUAACACGCAAUCUGCAUCCAAAGUAUGGAGAGGCCAAGCAGCUUGCAUUCACCAUGUACAAUACUGCCUU